CCAAUCGUUAGGUUGCGCGAAGGCUGCAGUUUCAGUUUGUUUUAUUCACCAUUUUGAGUAGCUGAAGGUAAAAUUUAAACUAAAUACUUUCGUAGAGCAGGAGUAUUUCCCGCAUUGUUUAAUUUUUACCACAAGGAGAGGGCGUUGGUUUUGCGACGUCACCUUUAGCCCUCUUGUGUUUUAAAAUACCACAUUUCGUCUGCAUUUUCCCUGCUUUUCUUUUGCUCUUUCACAAUUUUAACCUCUACAGUAUUCCUGCAAAAUGGCAAGACCAGUGAGGAAUAGAAAGGUGGUGAAUUACUCCCAGUUCAACGAAUCUGACGAUGCAGAUGAGGACUAUGGGAGAGAAAAGGAAACAACUAAGAAGAUACGUGCUCCACCUCGUGAAAUCAAGCACAAGAAGUCUAAGAAUUCGCAGGAAGACAGCGAGGAUUCAGAUGACAAACUCUCCAAAUCCAAAAAUGAUUCUGCAGAUGAUUUCGGUAGCGAUGAAGACAACGACUUUGGUGAGAAAGAGGAAGACGAGGAUGGAGGAAGCGACUAUGAUGAUAAAAAGGCCAAAAAGGGAAAGAAAGGAAAGGUGGAGAAGCCGGGCAAAAAGUCACUGAAGAGGAAACGAGGUGGAGAUGACAGCGACGAUGACGAUAAAGAGGUGAGCAGGAAACCGAGGCAGGUGAGGCAGGCUGCGUCGAAGGCCGUGUCCAAACAGAGAGAAAUCCUUCUGGGAGACGGAGGCAGUGAGGAUGAGGAAAAGGACGAGGAAGAGCAGGCAUACCUGGACCAAGAGUCAGGCAGCGAUGAAGACUUCAUGGUUGAUGAUGAUGAUGACAGCGACUAUGGGCACUCCAAAAAGAAAGGCAAAAAAGUAGUGCCGAGAGGAGGAAGGAGAGUGGAGAAGAAGGACAAGAAAUCCCCUAAACCCCGACUAAAGGCCACAGUGAACCCCAGCCCUAUGAAAGGCAAAGGGAAGGGUCGCCCUGCUAAAGCGGUGGAGAAAUCCUCGCCCAAAGACGACGAGGAACCCGAGAGCCCCCUUGAAGACGAGGAGGAAGAAGAGGUGGAGAAGGAGUCUCCUCCUUCCAAAAAGACGAAGGACGAAGCCCCUGAAGAUGAGGAAGAAGAUGAGGAAGAGGACGGCUCAGAAGAGGAGGCUCCAUCCGGGGAAGACUAGCCAUGUUACUAACGUUGUCCCUUUCUUCUAUUUCCCUUUACACUCUUUCCUCUUUUUUUUUUUUUUUUUUUUUUUUUUUUUUUUUUUUUUGGGUUUGUUUGCUUUUCGAAUUUUUUUUCAGUGUCUGUUGUGGCCUGGCUCAACGGUUUGAACUUUCUUUUUUUUUGUUUGUUUUCUUAAACUAUAAUUUCCAUAUCGCGAAGGACAUUUUCCCAGAACUUGUGAGCGUAUAUCUAUAUAUUAUUGAGUAAAAUGUGUCUGAGUCUGUUUAUUUAUGGGUAUAUAAUCUUGAGGGAAGCCCAUCGUUCCAACCAAGUAGCGUCGCUGCUCGCCCAGGGUACACAUGACCGAAUUCUCCAAAAAAAAUGCUUUUGCUCGUUCAUUUCCGUAACACGUAUAAAGCGUAGCGUUCACUCUUGCAUUGUUCCGACCGAUGGUCAUCGUUCAUGAAACCGAACCGCUUUUGUAAAACGUUCGCGAAACCGACUGAGGGCCUCGCUCGAAAACAAAAGCGUAAACGCAAUUGUUCGCGAGCCGUUGCAGCCGAUUAGUAGGUCGUGCUUGCGUUUAACAAACGAGGCCUAAAAAAAGUUCGUUUGUUCGCGAAACUUUUCGUAAAACACAUUUACCUAUGAAUGGUUUCGCGACGUUCUACGACGGGGUUCCUUGAAUGAGAUCCGACGCGUUUGUUGUGUAGUGACUAUCUAGAGAGCCAUUCGUUAGAAAGUUUCGUAAUAGUUGACAGCGUUUGUUUUGAUACUAGCGGUCAGGGUCGUGCUUAUCUGAAGAUUCGUUUUUGUAUUUAUUCAACAUGCGCUUGCGCCCCUUUACAUGUUGAUCAUCAGCUGAAGAUGGAGAAACUAAAUGCUAUCUAAUGCUCAUGUUUUUGAGAAUUUCUUUCGUCGUGGUACACACUUUAUCCAGGGUUUGCUGUUCAGUUCGUAGUUUUACCUUUUAAAUAAACCGUCUCGAUAUGCGUAGUUUAAACCAUAAUGCUGUUACUGUUUGAAUAGAAUAUUCUGGGUCGAAAAUGCCACGUUCUGUAUAUGAAACCUGCAGAAUUUCCACCGAAAAUCAUAAAGAUUUGUACCUCAAUUUGUUGUGCACUUAUAAUGGAACGGUUUGCUCCCUUGUAAGUGUGUUUUGUUUUGUUUUUUUUCCUUUUUAAAGCAAACUGAGAUAUGAUUUUGAGAUGUUUUCUGCAGAUGUCAUCCAUUGAGCUAAGAUCAUUUUUGAACCUGGAAUAUUUCUAGUCAUUAUCAUUUCGCUCUAAAGUCUGUAAUGUGCAUUUGUUUGUAUAUUUUCCUUUUUUUUUUUUUUUUUUUUUUUCAUCCACCAGAUCAUCUCGAUAAAAGGCUGCAGUACGAAUGCUUUUCAUCUCUUUUCUCUAAAGAGGCGCGCAGCGAGUGUUCUGAGAUCGGGCCUUAAAACGGUUAAUUGUACGAGAAAUGUGAAUCUGGAGUCUCGCUCACUGUUUCUGCCUUAUAAAGCCUGUUGUUGUUGUUGGGUUUUUUUGGUUUUGUUUUUUUUUUCAUAUUGUACCGAAAAGCUAAAUGUUCAGAAACCGGGCCUCGUGCCUGUUUUUGUCCGAGAUUGUAUUGCUGUUGUUGAGGGAUCUCUUCAGCCGAGCAAAUGACGUUUAAAAGAGUCAAAUGUUGUUUUUCUUCAGCCCUGGAUCAGAUGCGUUUGAUGUCGUGACAGAGAGGCGUAUUUGCACUGUGAGGAUGGAGAAGAAUCGUACUAUUCAUACCUUAUGUGUGUUUGCUCAUUAAAUAUAUAUUUCUGUUGCUGCUUGUUUUUAAUUUCAGACACAUAUGAUGUAUAUCCCAUGAUGCAUUUCAAGGGGCUUUUCUGUCUACAGCGCAUACAUGGCAUUCUGACUAGGUUCGAUCCUUUCUGCCAGGCAUCUCUGAAUAUUUUCCACUUGUGCUAUGAAUUGGUUUUUAACCUAGCUGUCCAAAAAAUGUAUGAAUGUUUUUGUUUUGGGUUUUCUUUUUUUUUGUGCUUGAUUUUAAUUUUAAUUUUUUUUUUCUUCCUCCAGAUUUUUUUUGUAUCGUUU